AUGUCCGGGCCUCCGCAAGCCCAACCAUCGCAAACUCCAGCGCGUCGACCGCCGGCAUUGGUAGCCACAAACACUGUCACUACGAAAGAUGGUCUCACUGUUCGCGCGAGAAUCGAUCCUACCCUGUCCGUGGCAGAUGUAAUCAAACAACUGUGCCUCAACUUGAAAAUACCCGGCAACCCUGUGCUGUUCGCGCUCAGGGAUGCCGCAGAGGGGGACGAGCUGGUAACGGAUGACAAUCUGAGAAAGAAGAUUCGCGACAAAGCAGCCUUAAAGUUGACAUCAGCACCUCUACUAGAGGCACUAGAGACAAUUGAGAAACUCAAACAGCGAGACGAGAAAACGCUGCGCUUCUCUCUUUUCAAUCUUCAAAAGUACAUCAAGGAAGAACAGUUUGCGACAGAGUUUUUGCAAAGAGAUGGGCUGCGUGAACUGUGUGAAGUUAUCCUGACCGUCGGCGGCAACACAUUAGCGUACGCGUUGACUGCCCUUUCAAAUCUCCUCGAUCUGCCAUAUGGUUGGGCCUCUCUAUCACCUCAAUUCAUCCACAAAGUCGUGCAGAUUCUGGCAAACCCCAACAACCUUGUCAACCUUGUCGAUGCAGAUGGAAGUCAGGUAGCAUCCGGAGGGCCUGGGGUCCCAUCUUCAUCCUCUGGUAAGCUUGCUCCAAAGCAAUCCCCAGCACCAGGAAGUGUAUACCGAUUCGGAUUCAAUGUUGUGUAUGAGCAAAUGAAGCGCGAGAGAGGUUUACUGGAGGUAGUUGUAGGACGACUUGGAUCCGGGGAGAGUAUGAUGGUCCUGUAUAGUAUGACUCUCAUCAAUUCACUACUCUCCCACGCGACUCCUGCUCACUGGAUAGAGCUCACCUCGACCCUGGAACGACUCAACACAUCUAGGGCUGUGAUCCGCCUGAUGUCAUCACAUACUAUCGAGGAUCUCACCAACAGCAUACUCGACUAUCAAGGGAACAUGGUUCGCGUUGUAUACUUCAAAAAGACAAGAAAAGUGCUUGUCAGCGGGCAUUGGGGAGUCGACGGAGACAACGAAGCGGGCGAACAGUCUUACGUUGGAGAUGGAGAGCAGGAGGUUAUGCUGGAUUAUAUCUGGAGUUGUGCCAAGCUCGAAGCUGACAGUGCACUCUCGCCUCGGUAUGCUAAUGGAGAAAGUAGUGCAAGGUCUCGAGGGAAAAGCAGCAUCCGAGACCAAGUCAAGUGGAGAAAGCUGGGAUUUGAAACAGAGGAUCUUCGAAAAGAGUUUGACUCUACUGGUAUGCUGGGCCUGGAGUGCUUGAAGCACUUUGUACAAGCUGAUCCACCACGGUUUGCCCAACUCGUCUUAGAGCAGAACAGUCGCGCUGCCGAACGGCGAUGUCCAAUUGCGCGUGCCUCCAACGAAGUCGUGGAAAUACUGUCAGAGCACUGGAGCAUCUUCGCGCCUGGAUAUUCCACAUCGACCACUUUCCAACCAUUCUUCCUCAGUUUUUAUCGUGUCCAUGCAUUGGCUCUCCAAUUCUUCCUACGCAUGUGGAGCGACAGUGGUGCGGCGACGACUGAUUUUAGCAGAGUAGCAAGCCUGGUUCGCAGCCAAGUAAAACUGGCAUUGCACAGCGAAACCGACCGACCAUGGCAUGAGGUCGAGCACGAGUUUUUAGAGAGUGAAUACCGGGCCGUGCGUGAUCGACAGAUGAAGGAGCUCGAACUCGAGGAUGAUCUGCUCAACAAGAUUCCGGUUCGGAAUCUACGUGCCAAACUCUACAAAGAAUCGUACGAGUUCAUCCGGCAGCAACGAAUACAGUGCUUGAUUCAAGGCGCCUGGUUCGUCAACGGCAUCCCGCUCAGCUCACCGCCAGGAAUGGCUCAAAAACGCCAAUCGAGACCAUGGAGGUAUAUGCGACUGGAUCGUAAUCUGAAGUAUAUCCACUACUGUGACUCUGCUGUCAAGUUUGCAGUACGUAGUGGGUUGGAGGACCUACCGGACAAGAUUGACGUCUCACAAAUCGGUGAAAUCGCCAUCAAUACUUGUGCUCUUCCCCCAAAUAUAAACACGGCGGCUGGGCCAGUCCAAUCACUCAACGACUUGUCGUCGCUGUCCCUCACUGCCUCGCCAGUGUCAUUUUCACUCCUUAGCGUGCGUGGUGGUGAAUCAUUGGGCGAUCAUGUCGCGACAGAUCCAUCGAGAUGGGCGGAUUGGACGGAUGGUCUAAACAUGCUGCGACGGGAGGGUGCACACGUCGCCACGUCGGAGACUGCUGGAUUCGUGCACGCACUCACGGAAAUUGGACUCAAGAUCAAGCUACUUGAUCUAUCGGGUGAAAAGGUUGACAUCCCGUCAUCACUGAUGCCAGGAGAACCUCCUCAAGAUACAAACUUUUUCUUCUCAGAUCUGUAG